GGAACAAAAUGUGGCGUGUUUUAAACGCAGCAUACAAGUGAGUGGUGAACUGUAGAUAAUAUACUUCAGUGAUACUGAUGGAAAGGACAAAAGGAAAAAUGAGUGGAGAAACUGUUACUAUGGCUUCUGAAACUACUUAAUAUUUCAGCAGAACUCAGGACUCUUCACCUGCACCACUGAUAUGAAUCUCAGGCCCUCCUGCACUCUAUCAGAUUUGGUGAGAGAAAAGUGUGUAGUGAGCGUGUAGAGACUGAACACACUGAGACAGGACUUCCGCCCAGCGCUCUGAUGAAUGUGGGACAGUAAAGACGCUAAACUAACAGUAAGGGAAGGUCGUGAACAGCAGCAACACAACUGCACUGAACACAACGUUCUUCACUGAUAAUGACGUCGAGGAGAAACAGGAACAUGCUGGUGAAUAUUGUAGCAGAAAUCAGGACUCUCAGGACUCUUCUUCUCCUGCUGUGCUGUUUACUGUGUGAAGCUGGAGACGAGACGGUCACACUGCAGGAAGUGGAAGGAACCACUAUAACUCUCCAUACUGGGAUAACUGGGAUUCAGAGGGAUGCUCAGAUUCUGUGGUUUUAUGGACCUGAGAAAUCAGAGGAAAAGAUAUUGAACAGUCAGGUGUUUAAAGGAGAAACUGUUACAGACAUCAGUGAGAGAUUUAAAGAGCGACUGCAGCUGGACAGAAUCAGUGGAGCUUUAACCAUCAGGAACAUCAGCAGAACUGAUUCUGGAGUUUAUUUAUUACACGUCAUCACUGGACGUCUCUCAUCUAGGACUUUCAGUGUCAGUGUUUAUGCUCCAGUAUCAACUCCAGUAAUAAUAAAUGAAAGAGGAAAGCGAAGUGUGAUUUCAACAGAGUCGUGUUUCCUCCUGGGUUCUGUGGAGAAUGGAGAAGAUGUGAAGUUAUCCUGGUACAGAGAGAAUGAGAGAAUCUCCAUCACCAAUAACACAGAUCUCAGUGUUCCCCUCAAUCUCCCACUUCAAAUACAACACAAUGACAUUAACACUUACAUCUGUGUGUCUGCAAACCCUGUCAGCAAUAAAACAACUUCUCUCAUCAUCACACAGCUCUGUUACGUCUCAGACAAAUCUGAUGGUUCUCCUUCACUGCUUCCUGUCCUGAUAUCAGCUGGAGUUUUCCUGCUACUAAUACUAACAGGAUUUGUGUGGGUUUGGCUAAAAAGGAAAAACAACAAGCUCCUAAAGAAACUUGAGGAAGUGACUUUCACUGAGGUGACAAUUACAGCUCACAGUGCAGAGAGAGUUAAAAAGGAAGAAAAGUCCAGAAUAACAGAUGAUCAAGAGCUGAAUACCUUCGUGAUGUACUCAGCUGUGGAGACACUGACAUAAUUCUGUACAUACUUAUUUAU